AUGACUACGAUUAUAGAACUUGGGGAGGAAUGCUUUGAUGAUGGUAAAACACUAGAAGAAAAAUCGUCAUGUGCUUCCCUUCAAGUGCGGCCUCCGUUUUCUCUCUCCCAGAUUCUUCUCCCUCUUCCUCUUCACCUUCGUUUUCUCUCUCCUUUGUCGUCGCCGUCGCUUCUUCACCGCCAGAGAUCAUCGCCGAACCUCUCCCUAGUCGCCAAUGCUCUUCUCUCUCUUCCUCUUUUUUUGUUGCUGAUCUUCUCCUUCCCCCUCUUUCUAGUUGAUGUUGGUCUUCCUUUGGUGCUCUCCUCCUCCUCAUUUUCUUCUCUCACAGGCAGAGAUGAAGAAUGGACCAGAAGCUUCGAGUCGCCACCGCCUCCGCGCUCUGCUCUCCCCUUAUCGCUUAUAGAACAAAACAUUAGAAAGCUUAUCAAAGAUGGAUUUAUCAUUAAGAAGCCAUCAAACAUCCAUUCCCGUUCCCGUGCUCGCCGCAUGAAUGAAGCAAAGAGAAAUGGGCGUCACUCUGGCUAUGGUGUGGGGAAACAUGAUGAGUACAAUAGAAAUUAAAGGCAAAGAACUUCUGGAUACAAAUGUUUUAACCCGUGCUGACCUCUAUGAAUGGUUGAAAGCAAAGAACAGCGAUGAAGCCCCCAUUAUCGGUGUUGGUCUUCAUAGUUAUUCAGCUUUGUAUACUUUCAAUAUCGAGCGCUCCCUUCAUUUCCCUUCGUUCCCUUCCUUCUUUGUUCUCUUCCUUCCCUUCCCUUCCUUCCCUUCUUUCUUUCAUACAGAUAAUGAUGAUUGGUCGUUUACUUUGUGGCAUUGGAAUUGAAUUAUCAUCUGCCUUAGUUCCAUUAUACAUUUCUAAGGUAAUAUCAUAUAUGUUUUCUGUCUGUCUAUUUUGAAUCUGUCGGGUCACGGACACUAAACAUGUCCUGAUUUGCAGAUCUCUCCAACUAAAAUUUAGGUGCUCUUGGUUCCUUCAACCAGAUUUUAUAUGCAUUGGUAUUUUUGCUGCUUUGAUUGUUGGAUUGCCUUUAGCAGGGAGCCCUUUGUGGUACUGCCUUCAUAUCUAUAUGUUAUGUGUUUCUCAUACUGAUAAGUUUUCCAAGUGUUACUGUUAUUUCUAUUAAUGACGUUAUUUAAAUAGUUGGCCAGUUACAAUGUGAUAGUACUAUUUUAAAAUAGUAUUCUGCAUCUUUCGACUGUCUUCUAUCAUUUACAUGACUUUAUCUUUUGUCUCCCUGAUUUUUUUUUGUGUUAGGCUGAGGUUGAAGAUGUAACAAUGGUGUGUUUUCAAGACACAGUAAAGUUGAUUUUACUUCAGGUAUCAUCUUCAGGAUUCUUCAACCAUUUAGCGUCCGCUUGCUGUAAAUUUUGUUGGAUCUGACCAGAUUGUGGUAUUCAAUAAUCCGAGGGAACGGCCUUUCACCUUUGAGGAGAUAGAUGAAGUUCGAGAAAUGUUGGCAAACUUCAUUACCAGUGAUUGUUUUUUAUAUUUUCUUGUACUGAAUCUUAAAUUACGGAUGCUAGCUAGUUUUUCAUAUGAUUGUAAUGUAAUCGACUUUUAUAUUUACAAUUAUAUACUAUUUAAUUUAAUUAUAUAUAUAAUUGGAUACUUUUUA